AUGAACGCGAUUUCAAUCACGUUAUCACUGCAGCUAAUCCAGGCCUGGGAAGGCGCAAGCUUCAUCCGCGCCAUAGUACAUGGAAACUUCUCCGACUAUCCACGUCAAUCUGGUACAUGGCGCGAAGUCACUGAUUGCUUCACGUACAUCGACAUGGGUUAUCCCACAUGUUUGGAACUUCUGCUGCGGAGCCUACAGGCAUCAGAACGGUGCUUGAAUAAACAUGAGCAAAAGACAUUGCUUGCUCAUAAUGUAGGAUUCGGGAUCUAUGCUGGCUUAUCGGUUGGCUUGGUGGUCGAGACUGGUUCAUCUAGAUGUUUCCUUCUAGAGAAACAAGCUUUUGAGACCCGCGUUAGCUGCUGCGCAUUUUCAAGGAAACCUGGUGGUCAGUUGCAUAUUCGAACAGACAAAUUCGUGUUGAUGGAAGAAAACAAGCUUUCUAGAUCCCUGUCGGGCCUCAAUGAUGUUUUCCUUAUCAUAAACUCCCCUUGUCUCAGAGAUAGAGAAAUCCACCCUGUCCGAUGGCGAGUCAUGUUUGCAAGGAGCCCCUCGUCUGUCGCUUCACAUCAUAAGACAGGACAGUCUCGCCACGAACGAGACCUCCAAGCAGAAGAAGAAGCAUUUUUCUUGGAUGACGAUAACAUGCAACUGCCCGCUAAAAAAUGCAAAACUUCAUUCGAAACCUUUUCUUUUCCUUUCUUUUGGAUAAGCUGUGUACUUCUUGGGCUCUCGACUUGGUUCCACCUCAACCCAGCAGAGCCAUCGGAUUUGCAGUGCGUCAGAAAGCUUCAUGUUUUGUCACCCGUUCAAGAUAUUUUGGAAUACGAAGAUGUGCAGUUUGACAAUGCAUUCUGGAAGACCAGCCCUUAUAAAGGAAGGCCGACUCCAGAGUUGGAAGCAAAAUGGAAGGAUCUGUGGUAUUAUGGAUCAUUCGACUUAUCGGAUGAAUAUUUACCAGCAUUGAACAAGACAUCACAUGGUACCAGCGGUGACUCCUGGGCACGCACAAAGCCAGGCUAUCUUUUGGCUGGCCUCGAGGUUUUCCACAACCUUCAUUGCUUGAAUCUCGUACGUCAGUUUGUGCACAGAUCCGAAUUCGAUUAUAGCGACGAUCCGGCCUUCCACGGUGGAGAGGAUCUUGUGCUUGCCGUAAGCGCUCCCCAAGUCCAAAACUUUGCAUUGAGUGACUUGACUGGACUGAUUUGCUGGUUUGCUUCCGAAGUUGACUUCUUCUACAGCAUGUUGAUCAUUGUAUCGAGGCAUUACGUGUACGACUGCAGUGCUCGGCUGAUGUGUCCCAAGUAUGAUCGCAUCGUUGAAUGGGCAAAACAGCGUCAGAUCAUGGUGGAUACUCCGAAAUAA